AUCGAGGAAUCGGGAUGUUCACAUGAUGGCAAGUCCAGCUGUCCGGAUGUUUUGGAGGUUAGAGGGUUUGUUUUGUGUUUAUAAACCUCCUGGUGUCCACUGGAAACUCGUGCGGGAUAACAUCGAGACAACUCUCCUAAAAGGUUUAAAUGCUGCACCGUCCGGGCCACUUCCUAAGGAGGUUCGCUUCUUGCCAGACCCAGAGAGUGACACGGGAGCAACCAAGGGCCUCACAUUGUCUGCAGCCUCUGUGCCAGUCCUGUCCAAGCAUCCUCUGGUGACUGGACCUGAAUUCCAGCAUAUCAAAGUUGGAGUAGGACAUCGCCUUGAUGCAUUUUCUUCUGGUGUGCUCGUUCUUGCUGUCGGGAAUUCCAACAAGAUCCUGAAUAAUUUCUGCAGAACACGAGUCACAAGGGAUUACACACUGGAGGGAGAAUUUGGGACCGCAACAGAUGAUUUCUCUUACAGAGGCAAAGUUGUGGAAAGGUCCACCUAUGGUCACGUUACACAGGAUAAUCUGGACAGAGUCUUGGCGAUGCUACAGGGAGCCAAUCAGAAGGCCUUGUUAAUGUAUUCCAAUGUAGACAUGCGCUCACAGGAAGCUUAUGAGAUGGCUGCGCAAGGUUUACUGGGUCCUGAAGGGAAAUCGGAGCCUGUUUUGACAGGCUUGCGUUGCGUCCACUUCCAGCCUCCCAACUUCACUUUAGAGGUGCAGUGUCUAAAUGAAACUCAGAAAUAUUUACGCAAAGUUGUGCACGAGAUAGGACUCGAGCUACGCAGCACAGCGGUGUGUAAAGGAGUUAGACGGACCAGAGACGGACCGUUCACCCUGCAAGAUGCUCUGACCCGUAACCACUGGACUGCUUCUGAUGUUAUGCAGGCAAUCAGAAAAUACCACUCCUCCAAAAAAACUAAAAAAUAUUCACACACAAAGACUGUGGAUGCAGCACCAGAAGAGAAUACGAUGACAGACAGUCAACAAAAUGAAACCUGUGACGAAACAGCAGUAGGUGUAAUUAAAUAACUUCAAAUUGAUCACUGUGAAUCCUAGUGAAACAUUUUACUGCUCCAUGGUGACCAGAGAUGAAAAUAUUAAUUUUUAAUGUUUAAUAUGCAGAUUUGUCUUUAUUUUAUAUGAAUGUUCCAACGUUUUCACCUUUGUUAAAUGUUGUGUGGGUAAGAUUAACUUAUUCUCCAAAUCUUCGUAUGAAAGUGGUUUAUUUAUAUCACGCAAAUAAAUUAAAAACUUUUUUAGAUAACUG